AUGGGGACCAAUCCGAUAACAAAGCUCUCCGACCUCCCCUCUCUCAAACUACCUUCCUCAUCACAGACCGCGGAUCUCCAACAUUUACACACCCUCAUGCAUCUCCUUCACCACAGAAACCACAACCAACACCGUCGAAGUACCUGGUACCGCCACUUCAACAUCUUCCGCCGCCAUCUCCAGACUAUCUUGACUCAUCUGACAGCUUUGUCGCACACACCUACUACAAAUCUUGCUCGCCACAAGAAGAAAGCAGAAGACGAGGCUACACGACUUAGGAUACAGCAAACACUGGCUUUCUGGCGAGAUGUCUUGGUACCGAAAGUUCAGCAUGCAUUUGGACAGUUGAUUGCUGAUGGUCGGUUCGCUGUACUUGGGAUUGUGUUGAUGGCAAUUCUGGGACAUGUAUGUAGGGUGUUCGGCUUGAUUGCUGUAUACGACGAUCUAGGGGAGGAAGAGACGAGGAAAGCUAUAGAGGCUUUUGCCGCUGAAGGGUGGGGUGAAGAUGAUGGGUUGGGCGUGCUUGUGUCGCGGGAGGGAGAGAGGAGGGAAGAUUUUGGGGAGGUGUUGAUGAGGGAUACUAGCUCCGAUGACGACGUCAUGGCGGCGAGCACAGCACGAGACACAGAGAAGGAGUUGAGGAAGAAGGAGAGUGGUUGCUUAGCUCCUGAACGCGAUAUGCUGGAGCAGAGUCGGAAAGCUAUAAAGGCCAUGGCGACUAGCACACCGAUCCUAUCGACCAGAGACUCCAGCACACCACCUCCUACAACGACAAAAGCCAGCAAGAAGCUCAAGCCCACAAAGACGGAAGUCAAGCAGAAACCAGUCAAGGUCCUCCCUGCCGUCAACUGGGACGACAACUCCACUACGCCGAUACCGAAACCAUCAAAGUCUUCAGCGCCAAUAUCAACAACGAACUCGAAGCUCAAGGCAAAGAGGCCAAAGCAAACAGAAGAUGAUACUUUGAGUAGUGCUGCAAAGCCUGUCAAGAAGAAGAAAAAGAAGAACGCCAUCGACGAUCUGUUUGCUGGACUAUAG